CGGGCGAGAGUGCCCGGUUCGCUGAGCGUGGUGCCUCGCAGCCUCUCUCAGAGUCUCUCAAACCCUCGCAGAGGCUUCCAGCGAUUCGCAAGAGCGCUCGCAGACUCCGCUGAAGGGUUCAAGGGACGAGAUCUUCACAUUCAGCCAAUAACAGAGAUCACGGUACAGGUUCUGGCCCGCGGAGCUGCAUGAAGAUCCGAGCAGAGCCGCCAGCGUCAUCCUCGAACCCGAGCAGCAAGAGAGAGAGAGAAAGAGAGGAUUUGUGUGUGCGAACAAAACACCGCAUCACCAAGAUAAAAAAGAAUGUGUUACAUUCCACAAUCCGCACGCUGAAGGGGAACACAAGAUGUGGCUGUGAGCCCCCCCCCCCUCCCCCCCACAGCGUGUGCGACAAGCCAAUCCGGCGGUGGUGCCGCGCUGCUGGAGCGGGGGCCGGGGUCACAUGCUGGGGAGCGGUGGCCUCGCGCUCCAUCUCCACUCUGCGCUCACGUGCGUCCGCCGUCGAGGAUCGCACUCUGCGAGGGUGGCCGAGUGAAAUGCCGCUGCUGGCUCUGCUGCUGUGGGCGCUGGGCGGGGUGGAGCGCGCACGCGGUGACGGCGGUGACCCGUGCCACGCUGGACCGGCACGCUAUGUCCUCACGUUCCACGCCGAGUGGAACGUGCGUGCCUUCCCCAAGCAAUACCCGCUCACCCGGCCGCCUGCGCAGUGGUCUGCACUCAUCGGUGUAGUCCACAGCAGCACGUUCAGCCUGUGGUCCGAGGGCGCAUUCUCGUCGCCAGCCUUCAAGACGUUUGUGGAGCAAGGAGACUACAGACUACUGCGCAGCCAAGUGGAGGCCUUGAUGAGCAGGGCAGACUCUGGUUCUGCUGGCGCAGGAUCCAGCCCUGUGCUCAGCUGGUUCUCCGUUCCUGCGCUGCGAGCUGGAGUGGGGAAUUCCACCACGUCUUUCCAUAUCGAUGCCCAACAUCCCAUGGUGUCCAUAGUUGUACGUCUCAUCCCGAGUCCGGACUGGUUUGUGGGAGUCAGUUCUCUCGACCUGUGCUCCGAUGCCGGAGACGGAGGCUGGACACCGUUGGUGAGCCACGAUCUCCAGCCGUGGGACGGUGGCACGGACAGUGGCUUCGCGUUCUCGUCGCCCAACUACGCGAGCGAGCCGCAGGAGCCCAUCUCGCUCAUCACGGCGCAGAGGCCGUCGCAUCCCGCCAACUCCUUCCAUUACCCGCGCCUCCAAGCGCUGCCCAGAAUCGGCUUCCUCGAGUUCCACCUUCAACCUGCAGACCACGAUUCAAAGGACUCGACGUCAGACUUGCAGAAACAGGAACAGAAUGAAAACGGGACGAUGGACGAGAUGACUCCAAAUGAAAACUCAAUACAACAAAACUCCAGCAAGCAUCCACACGGCAUCGCCAGCCAACUCUUCAACGCUAUCAAGACCGUCAUCCAAAAUUCGGGCCAGAGAGAGGAGGCUGCUGGAACGCCCCUGGACUGCGAAGUGUCGGACUGGGCGGCGUGGGGGCUCUGCAGCCGGACGUGCAGUAUAGGGGUCAAGCGCAGCACGCGUUUCGUCAUUCAGACGCCUGCCAACGGUGGCCGACCCUGCCCCGAGUUGCACAUGGAGGAGGCGUGCGUGGAGCAAGCCUGUGCUUCGGUCACCUACAACCCUGUGACCUGUGCAGGGGGGCGUACGUGCGUUGAGACCGCGACGGUGGCAGAUACAGGCAACUCAUCGGUUGCCUCUGCUGCAAUUGAAACGGCGGAGCCCGAGAGUGCGAAUACACCAAACAGUAUGGCCCCAGUGCUUGGAAACAGAGAAAUGGCCACUUCUGAUAUGAAGCCAACGUCGUCAUCUGCGAUGGCUGCGGGAAAAAAAACUGCCGUUGUGCCCAGACCUGAGAAGACCACGCAUUCAGCAGGCACUAAUUUGAGGAGUCCUGUUUUACAAACUCAAAGGCCACAUGUAGUAGAUUUUGACCACGGCUUCGCAAUCGAUCUUGAACCAACACAGGUGGAGCCCACAAGGUCAUCAAUAGUUUGGUCCACACCCACUUCGGAAACGAAGAUUUCCGACCCGGACGAUGACCCAGAGCUGCAGCAGUCGCUUCGGCUGAGCCCUUCAGCGUUCACAGCGAUGCCCGCGCUGAAUGUCAAACCCCCGCCAAGGAGACCGGCAGAAGCGAGCACCCAAGGGGCCGCCGCCGUUGCAAAGCACGCCAAGGCGGCGGACGGGGAUAGAGACGCGGACGGGGUCCCAGCGGGGAGCAAGGGGGACUGUGCGGUAUCUCCGCUGUCUCCCGCGGGGCCCUGCAGCCGCUCCUGUGGCUUCGGUCUCCAGCGGAUGUCCCGCACGGUCCUGCGGCCAUCGAGAGGGGGCGGCCGGCCCUGCCCCGAGCUCUUUGCGUACGACGUGUGUCUCGUUAGAGUCUGCUAAGGCCCUCUGAAUUGGCAGUGCCGGCUGCGAGCCACGACAUCCCUGCCAGGAGUGUUUGGUACCAAUACUAAGAAAGUCGCUAGCUCGUGCACAACCCGGAAUGUUUUAAAAAAUAUGACCAAAGCUGACGUGGGAGGCUCAGCAGUAGAGCGAGUGGUCCGCAGCAGUCGGGAAGGUUGCGAGUUCAACUCCUGGUUAUGGGUUAAUUCGGCCCAUCUUUCCCUCCGAGGUCGAUAAAGUGAGUACCACUUUAAGGGGGAAGUUGCCCUAUGGAUAGACUCGACUCUGCCAUAGGAUUGUAGAAUGUCCACUGCUGGCUUAUUUGAGCAGGAACUCACUUUGAUGUAACUUUUCUGUGAAAUAAGCUUUUCAGGAUAAUUACAGCAAGAUCCAGUACAUUUAUAUUUUAACCGAAAGGCUUGAAACAGCUGUUGUUAAGUUUAAAGUUACUUUUUUCAAGGCUGUUUCCACUUCUUUGCGGAGCACAAGCACUACACGUAACCACUUCAGUGUUUUUGUGCAUCCAUGCGAAUAAGUGCAUCCAUGUAUUGUGUCUCAGAGCGUGUGUGUCUAAUUCUGAUGACUCGUUAACCUGCAGCGAGUAAAGAGCAACGUUCAAUGUGCACUUUAAUUUUUCUAUUGUAAUACCUGUAUUGUCAAAUCCGGUUCAUUUAUGGACUCUCAAAUUUACAUGUAUCCAAUAUGAUCACUAUGGGGACCUCAUU